AAAAGCAAGAAAACGUUUCAUAAACAGACAAACAGAUUCUGGUUUUUGCCCAAACCCCGAGAAAGAGCGAGAAAGAGAGAGAGAGAAAUAUAAAAAAAAAAGAGAGAAAAAAAAGGAGAACAAACAGACAAAGCAAGACACUCACCAACAUCAAGAAUAUGUUUUUGUUUUGUAGACUCUCUCACUCGUUCACUCUCCCCACCACCACCCACACGAGCGGUUCUUGAAUUGCAUGCCCUGCACAGACUUUUUUUUCUUUUUUUUUUACUUUUUUUUUUCUUUUUCCUUUUUUCUUUUUUCUUUUUUGGUUUUAAAAAUGAGAGAAAAGAUCAGUCUCAAAAUAAGGACCCCUGACCUCAUUUGAAGUGAAAACUGAAAGGAAUCGUGUAGGUUCUUCUCUCUUAUCUCUCUCCUCUUCCUUAGUUUUGUAACAGCGUUUUUGCUUUUCAUCUUCAAACCCAUUCUGUUUCCUGUGUGUACCUGUUUUUUUUUGUUAAUGUCAUCUUUUUCAUUCUACUUAAAGCCUCAGGAGCAGAGGAAAAGCCGUUUUUUUUUUUUUUUUUUGAUAUCUCUAAAAUCAUAUGUUUUGCUUUGUGGCAUUGUGUUAGUUCAUAGCUGUAACACCUGAACUUCUCUCUCUAAACGUUCUUUUUUUUUUCUUCUUUUUCCUGCGAUUUUUCUUUCGUUUUGCUUCUGGUGUUUCCUUUUUCUUGGCUCCCAAUCACAAUGAGUCCUGCACUUCAACACCUGAAGAAAGACUCUGACGGUUUCAGUGGGUACCCAAACGUGAACUUUCUGCUGCCGCCGCCGCCGCCACCACCACCAUUAACUCCUAACCUUUCUCUCUCUAAAACCUUUGGGGAAUCGAAGAGUAUUGCUUCUUUUCAAAUGGGUUUUCAGAUUUUGAACUCUUCUACAGAGGAAAGCAACAAAACUUGGGGUUUUCAGCCAUUGCAGAGCAGGGGAACAACAAAUAGAACCGGUUGUGCUCAGAAUGGUAAUCGUGUUUUUGGUAACGGUAAUAAAAAGGGAUUGUCUUUGAAACUUGUUGAGGAAUCAGAAGGUCAUAAUAACAAUAGGAAAAGUGGGGGUCAUAUCAAGCUCUGUGCAAGGGGUCAUUGGAGGCCAGCUGAAGAUGCAAAGCUUAAGGAACUUGUGUCCCAAUAUGGUCCUCAGAACUGGAACUUAAUUGCUGAGAAUCUUGAAGGCAGAUCAGGGAAAAGUUGUAGACUUAGAUGGUUUAAUCAGCUAGAUCCAAGGAUAAACAGAAGGUCUUUUAGUGAGGAAGAAGAGGAGCGACUCUUGGCUGCUCACAGCCUGUAUGGCAACAAAUGGGCAAUGAUUGCUAGACUUUUCCCUGGCAGAACAGAUAAUGCUGUGAAGAACCAUUGGCAUGUUAUCAUGGCAAGGAAACACAGAGAACAAUCCAAUGUCUACAAGAGAAGAAGAUCCUCUUCUUCUUCUUCUUCUUCUUCCGCUUCUCAAAUCCUCCCCAAUGUUGUUCUUGACAUGACCUUGCAACAGAACAAUGCUAAUAACGCCUCGAGCACCGAAUCAACCAUCUCAAACACCAUUGAUGACCAAUCUGCUGCCUCUACUUGCACUGAUCUCUCUUUAACUCCCUCCUCCAAUAGAAUACCUCAUGGAUUCUUCACCAACUUCAAUCCACAAGAAUCACAAAUGGGCUUCAAAGACGGGGGUUUUGACAAGUUAAUUUGCGCAUACCGAGUCGGGCCAAUCAUAGGAAUGACCACUACUUCUCGUGCGGGUUUGGACCAAUCUGGUCAAUCAGAUUCCAACUCAGAAAACUCCGCAGCUGAAUCAGUCGCCACCGACAGGACCAGCAUUAAUCUAACGAUGUCCACAAGGUCGAAGGGAAACGCUAAGGGUGAAAACAUGAUCGGAGAUGAAACUUUGGAGCAAAGGAACCUUAAACAGUUGAAUUUGAGAAAUUUUGUGCACCACAGCACCAAACAAGCGAGGCCGCAAAGCUAGUAAGCAUCGGGUGCGAUUUUAUGAAGGCCAUGGCGCUAAGGGAAAGCACUGGGGCGCUGGAGCGUGGGCGUCAUGGCGCUAAGGGAGAGCGCCGGGCGCUGGAGCGUGGGCACCAUGGCGCAUGUGAGCCAAUUCGAGUAGUGCCGGGGUGCUGGUAAGGAGUGCGAGAAAAUGGAGAAAAUUUGAUUUUUUUAAUUCCAAUUGUACCCUUUUGAACCAAAGUGUAUAAAUAGACAAUCUUAGGGUUUUUAGGAGGAUU